AGAAAUUUUUAAUAGUCACAGAGAGAGAGAGAGAGAGAGAGAGAGAGAGAGAGAGAGAGAUGAAGCUCAUGGUGAAGAAUUCAUUGUCAUAUUGUGUGGAGAAGAACAAACCAUGCAUCGGUUGGGUGGAAGUGUAUUUCAAGGAUUGCCUCUGCAACAUAAGAGAUGAAUUAUCCUUUGGUUUUGGACUUGUAAGCUUAGUGUGCUGGGGACUUGCAGAAAUCCCACAAAUUAUUACUAACUUCCGCACCAAGUCCAGCCAUGGCGUUUCUCUUCUCUUUCUUCUCACUUGGAUUGCAGGUGACAUAUUCAAUCUAGUGGGUUGCCUUCUUGAACCAGCAACGUUGCCCACCCAAUUCUACACAGCUGUGCUCUACACAGCAAAUACAGUGAUACUAGUUUUGCAGAGCUUAUAUUAUGAUCACUUCUAUAGAUGCUGGAAAGGUCGACACAAAGAUUCUUUUCAAGAGGUUGAAGAUGUGAAAAAGCCUCUGAAAUCACCAAAGCCAGGAGAUUCUGCCAUUCCAAUACCUAAACGCAAUCCACGAGCAACAGCCCGAAGGGAUGUCUAUUAUUACACGUCAGCAAGAUCAUUGGCAGGCAGCACAACUCCACCAAUUCGAUCUUUUUUGUGGCCUGUUAGAAGUGGUCCUUCGGCUAUGGGGCUUGACAAUGACUCGUCGUCAGAUGAUGAGACGGGUGAAAUUUCGAAAAAACAUGUUAGCCAACCAAAGCCAAUCGCACGAUCAGUGAGUUCUCUUUUAUGUAUUAGUCAAAAAGGUUUUAGUUCUUUCUUAUUUUAUGUUUCAAGUCGUUUGAUCCCAUGAUCAAGUCCAAACUAG